GUUAUAGCGGUCGCUCUACCCGAGCGCCGCUGCCUCGCGAGCUAGAAUGGGUACUAGGAAAAAGGUUCAAGCAUUUGUCCGCGUCAAGCCCACUGAUGACUUUGCUCAUGAAAUGAUCAAAUAUGGAGAAGACAACAAAAGCAUUGAUAUUCACUUGAAAAAAGACACUCGGAGAGGAGUUGUCAAUAACCAGCAGACAGACUGGUCAUUCAAGCUGGAUGGAGUUCUCCAUGAUGCCUCCCAGGAUUUGGUUUAUGAAACAGUUGCCAAGGAUGCAGUGUCUCAAGCCCUUGAUGGAUACAACGGUACCAUCAUGUGUUACGGGCAGACAGGAGCUGGCAAGACAUACACCAUGACAGGUGCAACGGAGAAUUACAAGCACCGGGGCAUUCUCCCACGUGCCCUACAGCAGGUGUUUCGGAUGAUUGAAGAGCGUCCCACACAUGCCAUCACAGUCCGUGUUUCCUACCUGGAAAUCUACAAUGAGACCCUGUUUGAUCUCCUGUCUACUCUGCCCUAUGUGGGACCCUCAGUCACACCAAUGACCAUCGUGGAAAACCCUCAAGGGAUCUUCAUUAAAGGCUUGUCGGUGCAUCUCACCAGUCAAGAGGAGGACGCCUUCAGCCUCCUCUUUGAGGGCGAGACCAACAGGAUCAUUGCCUCGCACACGAUGAACAAGAACUCAUCCAGGUCACACUGCAUUUUCACCAUCUACAUGGAGGCCCAUUCUCGGACCUUAUCGGAUGAAAAGUAUAUCACUUCCAAAAUCAACCUGGUAGAUCUGGCAGGCUCAGAGAGGCUCAGCAAGACAGGGUCAGAAGGUAGAGUCUUAAAAGAAGCCACCUACAUCAACAAGUCACUGUCAUUCCUAGAGCAGGCCAUCAUUGCCCUUGGGGACCAGAAUCGGGACCACAUUCCUUUCCGGCAGAGCAAGCUUACCCAUGCCCUGAAAGACUCCUUAGGGGGAAACUGCAAUAUGGUCCUCGUGACAAACAUCUACGGAGAAGCUGCCCAGUUAGACGAAACGCUAUCUUCAUUGAGGUUUGCCAGCAGGAUGAAGCUGGUUACCACUGAGCCUGCCAUCAACGAGAAGUAUGAUGCUGAGAGAAUGGUCAAGAAUUUGGAGAAGGAACUGGCAUUGCUUAAGCAGGAACUGGCCAUCCAUGAUAGUCUGUCCAACCGCACCCUCGUGAAUUAUGACCCCAUGGAUGAAAUCCAGAUUGCUGAGAUCAACUCCCAAGUACGGCGGUACCUGGAGGGGACGCUGGACGAGAUUGACAUAAUCAAUCUAAGACAGAUUCAGGAGGUAUUCAACCAGUUCAGGGUGGUUCUGAGCCAACAGGAGCAGGAAGUAGAGUCUGCUUUGCGCAGGAAGUACACUCUCAUAGACAAAAAUGACUUUGCAGCCAUUUCUGCUGUCCAGAAGGCGGGGCUUAUGGAUGUAGAAGUUCAGCUAGUAGGUGAGCCCGAUGGACAAAGCUUUGGACUUGGGGUUGCUCCUUUCUCUGUCAAACCUGGGAAGAAACCUAAGACUAAAAAGACGCUGAAAGACCAGUACAGACCCAGCACUCCACCCUCUAAGCCUGUGGCCUUUGAAGAGUUUAAGAAUGAACGAGGAAGUGAGAUCAAUCGCAUCUUCAAAGAAAACAAAUCCAUCUUAAAUGAACGGAAGAAAAGGGCCAGUGAGACAACCCAGCGCAUCAAUGCAAUCAAGCAGGAGAUUGAUGUGACCAAAGAAGCACUGAAUUUCCAGAAGUCACUACGGGAGAAGCAAGGAGAGUAUGAGAACAAAGGCCUGAUGAUCAUUGAUGAGGAAGAAUUUCUGUUGAUCCUGAAGCUUAAAGACCUGAAAAAGCAGUAUCGAAAUGAGUACCAGGAGCUUCGAGACCUCCGGGCUGAGAUCCAGUACUGCCAGCGCCUGGUGGAUCAGUGUCGCCAUCGCCUGCUUAUGGAAUUUGACAUCUGGUACAACGAGUCCUUUAUCAUCCCAGAUGACGUUCAGGUAGCUCUGAAGCUAGGCAGCAGCAUCCGGCCAGGCAUGGUGCCUGUCAACAGGAUUGUGUGUCUGGGAGAAGAUGACCAGGACAGGUUCAGCCUGCUGCAGCAGAGUGUCCUGCCUGAGGGUCCUGAUUCCAUCUCCUUCUACAAUGCCAGAGUCAAGACAGAACAGAAGCACAAUUAUAUGAAAACCAUGGUGGGCCUCCAACAGUCACACAGAAAAUAGUCUCAUCAGUAGCUUGAAGACCAGCAGCUCUAGUCUGUUCUAAGGAAGCUGCUAAACCACAUGCCCAGAGUUCCAGCCACUCAGCUGCAAGCUGGGACCAAACCCAGAGAACACACAAUUGCCUGCCUGCUAGGAUGAACAUCCUCCAAAGGACACCCUUGCUCCUCUUCACAGAAUAUUUUUGAUUUUAAUUUACUUUCAUAUGUAAACGCAAGAUAAAAUUACUUUUUAUUUCCUGUC